AUGUGCGUAUUAUUCUGGAAGUUAGAUAAUAGUGCUAUAAAAUAUAAAUUUAUUUUUGCUGCAAAUCGAGAUGAAUUCCUUAAUCGGCCAACUUCACUUGCUUCAUGGUGGAACCCAAACAUCUUAAGCGGGUUGGAUUUGUUCAGACCUGUUCAUGGAACAUGGCUUGGUAUAAACAGAACGGGAAGAUUUGCCGCGGUCACCAAUUACCGUGAACCUCAAACAGUUGACUCAGAACUUUUAUUAUCUCGUGGGGCUAUAAUAAGAUCGAUUUUGGAAUCUAAUUAUCCAUUAGAACAAUGCUUGAAUACUAUUAAAAGUGAAUCUCAUAUGUAUGGUGGAUUUAAUUUAAUAAGUGCAGACUUAAAUGAUAAACAUUCGAAAAUGGGAUAUUUGUCCAAUAGAGGAUUUAAUGAGAUUAAACAUUUAAAAUCCGGAGAAAUUUAUGGAUUAUCUAACUCAUUACUAGAUGAUCCUUGGCCAAAAGUAAAGAUUGGUACUAAUGAAUUGAAAUCAAUUUGUGAGAAAGAGCAUACCACACAUCCUUGCGAAAGUUCUAAUGUUAAGAUGACUAUUAGAAUACCGAAAUUCGAUAACAAUGGAGCUUAUGGCACUCGAACAAGUACUGCGAUUCUUGUGGAUCAUGAUGAUAAUGUAGUGUUUGUUGAAAAAACUUGGUUUGAUGAAGAUGAAAAUAUUAUUGAAGACGAUGAACGCUAUCGGUGGUUUAGGUUCAAAAUUGGUAAAAUGGAUAAUACUGUCUAA